CAACCUAUCUUCUGUGCUCUGGGGAGUGCGGAAGACACAGGACUCAACAGGGCUGAGAGAGAGAGAGUGAGAGAGAGAGAGAGAGGCGGAGUAGGAAAGUUGCAAUUUAAAAAGACAAUUGGAUUGACUGUUCUCAGACUUGCGUUGCAACCAUGGGGCUGGGAAGAGGGAAAGAUGAGUACAAACUCGCGGCAACCUCAGAUGGCGGGAGCAAGAAAGCCAAGAAAGCCAAAGCGGCGAAGGAUAUGGACGAUCUGAAGAAAGAAGUUGACCUGGAUGAUCACAAGUUAACCUUGGAUGAACUCCACAGAAAAUAUGGAACUGACCUAGCCAGGGGUCUUUCCAACGCCAGAGCAAAAGAGAUCCUAGCCAGAGACGGCCCAAACGCCCUCACGCCUCCUCCCACAACGCCAGAAUGGGUCAAGUUCUGUAAACAGCUGUUUGGCGGUUUCUCCAUGCUGCUGUGGAUUGGUGCCAUCCUCUGUUUCCUCGCUUACGGCAUCCAGGCUGCCUCAGAAGAUGAACCGGCCAACGAUAACUUGUACCUGGGUGUCGUGCUCUCUGCUGUCGUCAUCAUCACCGGUUGCUUCUCCUACUACCAAGAGGCCAAGAGCUCCAGGAUCAUGGACUCCUUCAAGAACCUGGUCCCACAGCAAGCCCUGGUUCUCCGAGACGGCGAGAAGAAGAGCAUCAACGCCGAGGAGGUGGUGGUCGGCGAUUUGGUGGAAGUGAAAGGUGGAGACAGGAUCCCCGCCGAUCUGAGAGUCAUCUCCGCUCAUGGCUGCAAGGUGGACAACUCCUCUCUGACCGGUGAAUCCGAGCCUCAGAGUCGUACUCCUGACUUCUCCAACGACAACCCUCUGGAGACCAGGAACAUCGCUUUCUUCUCCACCAACUGUGUUGAAGGUACCGCCAGAGGAGUCGUCAUCAACACCGGAGACCGCACCGUCAUGGGUCGUAUCGCCUGCCUGGCUUCCAGUCUGGAAGGCGGCAAAACUCCCAUCGCCAAAGAGAUCGAGCAUUUCAUCCACAUCAUCACUGGCGUGGCCGUCUUCCUGGGCGUCUCCUUCUUCGUCCUCUCCCUCGCCCUCGGGUACGGUUGGCUGGAGGCCGUCAUCUUCCUCAUCGGGAUCAUCGUCGCCAACGUGCCAGAAGGUCUCCUGGCUACCGUCACCGUGUGUCUGACUCUGACCGCUAAGCGCAUGGCGAAGAAGAACUGCCUGGUGAAGAACCUGGAAGCUGUGGAGACCCUGGGCUCCACCUCCACCAUCUGCUCCGACAAGACCGGCACCCUGACCCAGAACAGGAUGACCGUGGCCCACAUGUGGUUCGACAACCAGAUCCACGAGGCCGACACCACCGAGAACCAGAGCGGCGCCUCCUUCGACAGGAGCUCCGCCACUUGGGCCGCGCUGGCCAGGAUCGCCGGGCUCUGCAACCGCGCCGUCUUCCUGGCGGAACAGACCAACGUUCCCAUCCUGAAGAGAGAUGUAGCCGGUGACGCCUCAGAAGCUGCCCUGCUCAAGUGUAUUGAGCUGUGCUGCGGAGCCGUCGGCGGCAUGAGAGACAAAUACCUGAAGAUUUCUGAGAUCCCCUUCAACUCCACCAACAAAUACCAGCUCUCCAUCCACCACAACGCGACUCCCGGCGAGACCAAGCACCUGCUGGUGAUGAAAGGCGCCCCAGAGAGGAUUCUGGACCGCUGCUCCACCAUCCUGAUGCAGGGCAAAGAGCAGCCGCUGGACGACGAGAUGAAGGACGCUUUCCAGAACGCCUACGUUGAGCUGGGAGGACUGGGAGAGAGAGUGCUGGGUUUCUGCCAUUUCAACCUGCCUGACGACCAGUUCCCAGAAGGCUUUGCUUUCGACUGUGAGGAGGUGAACUUCCCCACUGAGAACCUGUGCUUCAUCGGCCUCAUGUCCAUGAUCGACCCUCCUCGUGCUGCUGUGCCCGACGCUGUCGGCAAAUGCAGGAGCGCCGGAAUCAAGGUUAUCAUGGUGACAGGUGACCAUCCCAUCACAGCCAAGGCUAUCGCUAAGGGUGUGGGUAUCAUCUCUGAAGGCAACGAGACCGUUGAAGACAUCGCUGCCCGCCUGAAUGUACCCGUCUCAGAGGUCAACCCCAGGGACGCCAAGGCUUGCGUCGUUCACGGCGGUGAGCUGAAAGAGAUGACCCCGGAGCUGCUGGACGAUGUGCUGAAACACCACACUGAGAUCGUCUUCGCCAGGACCUCCCCUCAGCAGAAACUCAUCAUUGUGGAAGGUUGCCAGAGACAGGGAGCCAUUGUAGCGGUGACAGGCGACGGUGUGAACGACUCUCCUGCUCUGAAGAAGGCUGACAUCGGCGUCGCUAUGGGUAUCUCUGGAUCUGACGUCUCCAAGCAAGCCGCUGACAUGAUCCUGCUGGACGACAACUUUGCCUCCAUCGUUACCGGAGUGGAAGAAGGCCGUCUGAUCUUUGACAACUUGAAGAAGUCCAUCGCCUACACUCUGACCAGUAACAUCCCUGAGAUCUCCCCCUUCCUCCUCUUCAUCAUCGCCAACAUCCCUCUGCCCCUGGGAACCGUCACCAUCCUCUGUAUCGACCUGGGAACCGACAUGGUCCCCGCCAUCUCCCUGGCUUAUGAAGAAGCCGAGAGCGACAUCAUGAAGAGACAGCCCAGGAACCCCAAAACAGACAAACUGGUGAACGAGAGGCUCAUCAGCAUAGCCUACGGACAGAUCGGAAGAGAGUCGGAGCGACAGAUAUUGGCGUUUUUGUGGCGCACAUUUUUCAAUGAUCUUGUUAUGUUAAUAUUUCUUUCUGAUGAAUUGUCAUGAGGAUAAUAAUCCAGAUGAAAUGAAAGAAAGAGGUAGCAGACAGACUAUUAUCAUACCUUCAUCCUUCGUUCACAAGCAGGGCCCCUGAACGUGCCUGUUGCUAUAGCAACCCAUUUGAGAGCUCUCUCUCUCUUUCUCUCUCCAACAUCUAAAUAAAAUCUGGGCUAUUUAUAGCGCAGCACUGGCAACACGCGAGCCACACCAAUCGCACAUGCAUGGAUGUGAAUCACCAAAACAAACUCACUAUAUAUACUGUAUAUACAUGCACCUACACAUGCACGUGUUCACAUUUGCACACACACACACUCCUCCACACUGCCAGGGCUGCUGCUGUGUCCAUCUGUGCAUGAAGUCCACCUGUGGUUUAGUUUGUUUACUUGUACUUUUUGUAAGAAAAGAGGUUAAAUAGGUGGAAGAAGAGAUGAAAUCUCGCCGUCGCUGUUUGAUCUGUCUCGGGUUUAUCUUGUCAGCUGGUGCAUAGUGCUCUCCAGGCCAGCUGAUAAGGUCUAUAAGAAUAGACAGGGAGCUUGACAGUGAGUGACAGAGUCUACCUAUCAGGGUACAAUAGCACUCCAGUGGCGGUGCCCGCCUGGCUCUACUUCAUGGUUGAAGAGGUUGCUUUCAAAUCUAUUACAGCCUGCUGGUUAAAGCUGCCAUUAGAAACGUGGGGUUUUUCUUUUUACUGUCGCUUUAGAAUAUAUAAAAUAUGAAGCAAAGUCUGUUGAGUGUUGUUGUUGUUGUGAGACAACGGGGUUGAUGGAGUUUGGCUAACAAUGCCAGGUACUAGGUGGGCCAAAUAUUGCAAAACAACUGGGAAAAAGAGAGAGGACUUAAAGAUCUGAUUCGCCCUCAAGUAAUGACGUGUGGUAAAUGAGCACAUCACGCCGAUCUGGUGAAAUGCAAAAAUUCAAUUUAAUGUUCAAAUUCUUAACACAAUCAACACAAUUAAGUUAACAAAAAAUGUAAAGUUACAAGCUGAAAAUUGAUGCAAAAAUGAUGCGAAACUUUCAACUAUAAGUUGCUUCUUUUGGUUUCUAUAGACCUGUUUGCUUGUUUCUCUCGCAAAAUCUGCCAGCUCUGCUGCAGGUGAGGCCGACUCUUCUGUUCGUACAUACAAAAAGUGUCUGAAUGUGUCUGGUUUCAGGCGUGGAUCCAGGGAUGAAAGAGAGAAUCUCUCAUGAAAGAGCUCCUGGAACAGAUGCAAACUGCUGUUGCUGGGGUACAGAGCAGCUAAACAUGCUAGCAUGGCUGUCAUAUGAUAAUCAAUGGGGGUCUCUCCAUGCAGAGAGGCCGCCCCCCCCCACCUUUCCCUCCUACAGCUUCCAUCUCCGCCCGGGGCGUCAGAGGUCACGGAGCAUCCUGGAGCGAUAGCAGGGAUUUGCAGCCUAGUAACUCCACUAUUCAAGGGGGGAAUACUUUCAGGGGGCCCCCAGAGCUAAAGGGGGGGCCCGUGUAUUAAUGUGUGCAUUGAUAGCACGAUGAUGGAAGUGUUACGCAGUUCAGUCUGCAGCUCUGGAUUCAGAAAGCAGAGGGUUCAGAAGUUGGCUGCCUCGCUAUCAGCACACGACAACCUUGUCAAAGCAGCAGGAGAGAGGAGGUGUCUGCGAACCCAGCUGUUAAACUGGGUGAGAUAUGGAUGAAUCACUAGUGUGUGUGUGUGUGUGUGUGUGUGUGGCAGGGUAAGGUGGGGCCUAUUCGUACAGUAGAGCAAUACAGUAAUAAAGCACAUUUUGAGAAUAUUUGUUGGCACUUGUUUAAACUGCAC